AUGAUCACCAUUCGGUCCUCGGUUUCGCCGCAGAGGGACUCGCUCUCACCGCCUCUUCUGCAUCAGCAAAAUUCACUGAAGCAGAAUCCUCGCACUUACAUCAUCCUCGACGAUUCGCCCAAACGACGUGCCUCGCGUCGGGCGGAACAACGCUUCGACAGCAACGCCGCAAUCAUGUCUGCUACGCUGUAUGAGAUCCGUACUGACGACAAUGGCCGUUCAUGGAGACAAUCGGUGGCUGAGCUCAAGCUUCGGCGGCUGACCGAGCUGAACCAGCGACUGCAAGAGUACUUGAGCUGGAGGGUACCCGUGUCGAAAGCUGCUGUGGGAUACUCUCACACGCACCCUCCGGAUCGCAGAAAGGCUUCACAAGAAAAAGUCUCCUACUUUAAUGAAUUGAGCAACGGGUCUACAGCAACACAAGUCACCACAGAUGGAAAUCGAAUCUACCAAGGGAUCGCUAAGGAAUUAGGUCUGCUUAUUCAAGCAAUUACCUUGCUUGUCUCUGCAUUUGUGGUAGCUCUGAGUGUCCAAUGGAAACUCACUCUCGUUAUUAUAAGCAUGCUCCCAGCUAUCGAUAUGGCCAGCGGGCCAGCCAUAUCGGCAAUUGUCGAAAUUGAAAGCAGGACCGUAGUCUUGCACCCUGCUGCGGCAGUAAUAGCGGGAGAUGUCUUGAGCUCCAUACGAACAAUCCACGCAUUUUCCGCGCAGGCCAAGAUCAUUCGUCGCUACGGCAAGACGUGGGAGGAGGCACGAGAAUUUGGAUGCAAGCAAUCACCUAUUUUUGGCGCGCUUUUUGCCGCACAAAACUUUAUUGUCAUGUCAGGGACAGCAUUGGCUUUCUAG